AUGGGAAAUUCUAAAGCAAAAAAUCGUAGCAAAAGUAAAACUAAUGAUAUUAUUAAUAUACAAGAGAAUUAACCUUUUAAUGUAAAGAGACAUAUAUCUAUAUAACUGGAUCCAAAAACAGGGUAAUAUAUUGGGAUGCCAUAAGAAUGGACUUAGUAUAACUUGAAAAUUAACUAUGAUCGCAAGAAAACUAUAGUCACUAAAAACUUCCCUAAAUCUGUGCGGGCAAGCAAAUUGCCUAAAGAAAUUAUAGACCUGAUUACAGGCGUUUCUUUGACUCCCGAAACAAACUAUAGCCCUUUAUACUCUUCCUAAUACACUGCAGAGAAGAUUACAUAGGAAUGGGAUGAGAUAGUGAGGGAAAAUGAGUAAUCCAAAGCUAUCUAAUAACCUAGCUUUCAAGAUUACAAAGAUUUAGUUGAGUAUAUUAUAUAGAAUGAUUAGCCAAACAAGGAAAGACUUAGUGAAUAUGAAUUCAAUAAGCGAGCUGAAAAUAUAUAAAUAGAAGAAAACGACCCUUCGAAUCAUUACGACUUCUUAUCUUAAAUUGGAAAAGGGGCCACUUGCAAGGUUUACAGAUGUAAAAACAAACAAACAGGUUAAGAAUGUGCUAUGAGAGUCAUUCGAAUGCUCAAUCCUGACUAAAUCGAGAAGACUAAAAUGGAAAUUCUGCUCAUGAAUGAAAGCAAAAAUAAUAAUAUUGUAUAAUACUACAAAUCUUACAUUUAUAUGGAUGUUAUUUUUAUGGCUAUUGAAUAUAUGAACGCUGGUUCUCUCACUGAGCUAAUUUAUGGUAAUUUUAGUUUCCUCUCUGAGCAGAUGGCUUCAUAUAUUUGCGAAUAAAUACUGUUUGGACUCUUUUUUAUUCAUAGAACUAACUAAAUACACAGAGAUUUAAAAUCAGACAACAUUCUUCUCAAUUAGAAUGGAGAUGUCAAAAUUGCCGAUUUCGGUUUCGCAACUUAGCUUACAAGAGAACACUUUUCCAAAAAAUCUUAAGUCGGAACCCCUGCUUGGAUGGCACCAGAAUUAAUUUUGAGAAAAGAUUAUUCGUAAAAAGUGGAUAUAUGGAGCCUAGGUGUAAUUUGCAUUGAAAUUCUCGAAGGAGAGCCACCAUACAUAAGAGAUAAACCAGCUAAAGCAAUGUAUUAUAUCACCAAGAAGAAGCCUCAUAAACUAGACGCCACUAAAUUUUCUUAAGAAGCUUGUGAUUUCGUUAGCACAUGUCUCAACAUAGACCCACAAGAAAGGCCCACUGCAUAAUAAUUAAUAAGCCACCCUUUUAUUUAAAAGCACUGUAAAUCAAGAGAUCAGUCGAAAAUUCUCCUUGCUGAUCUGCUACUAUAAAAGAAAAAUAUUAAAUAGAGUCUGAUUGAUUUUGAUUAAGAGGCAAACCCUAUUGAUUCUAAUUGA